AUGUUUAUGAGACCUUUUCGAACCCUCAGACCUCUGAGCAGGCUACGGUGGCCUCAAAAACGAAGCUAUCAAGGUCUUCUUCCCGAGCAAAGCUCGGGGAUUCUGUCUCUCAAGCCCAUCACGCCCAAUGACGCAUUUGUUAGCUGCACAGUGUUCGACAAACAGGGAGGAGUGUGUGCAGUGUCUAGGAAGUACCCGAAAUGGACGUUCUUGCAAAACCACAAUCUGUUCCCGCGAGAUCUGCGAAAAAUCGAUGCCACGGCGGUAGAUGUGAUUCCAAGCAUCGUUGUCAAACCCACUUGCAUAUUGAUAAAUUUACUGCAUAUCAAAGCCAUGAUACAGAAGGAUUCGGUCUACGUUUUCGAUACUUCAAACCAGGAGGCUGCUUCCAAGCUGAGCGUUCUUAUGUAUGACAUGGAAUCGAAACUUUCUUCUGCGACGGGGACGCAUUCGUCGCAGCUGUAUGAGCACCGCGCUUUGGAGAGCAUUCUAAUGAAUGUAAUAACCUCCUUGGAGACAGAUUACAAACAGCACUACUCUAUAUGUGGCAUUAUCCUCAACGACCUGGAAGACGAGAUCAACAGGGACAAACUGCGAGAUUUAUUGAUCAAAUCGAAAAACCUGUCUUCUUUCUAUAAGAAGGCUUUGCUAGUGCGUGACGUGUUGGACGAGCUGCUGGAUAGUGACGAAGAUCUCGCGGGCAUGUACCUCGGAGUCCACAAAACCGAAAACGAUGAUUUCGCAGAUCUGGAGAUGUUGCUUGAGACCUACUACAAGCAGUGUGACGAGUACGUGCAGCAGUCUGAGACGCUGAUACAAGACAUCAAAUCCACCGAAGAGAUCGUCAACAUCAUUCUGGAUGCCAAUCGUAAUGCGCUGAUGCUGUUUGAGCUUAAAGUCACAAUUUACACUCUGGGGUUCACCAUUGCCACGCUUAUCCCAGCUUUCUACGGUAUGAACCUGAAAAAUUUUAUAGAAGACAGUGCAUGGGGUUUCGGUAGCGUGGUUGGCUUCUCAGUUAUCGGCGCCCUGUUGGUGACGUGGUCUAACUUCAGAUCUUUGAGGUCUGUUAAGAAACUUACGAUGAUGAACAAUCACACGGGAGUGAACUCCGCCAAACACAUCACACAUGCUCGCACUGAAGUGGAAAGAGAGGUUUCGACCCUCCCAGCACGCUGGACUCGCGGAAUGCGUGCUGUAUGGCAGGGAUCCAGCUAUCCCGUGAGAAAUGGUAAGCAGAGAGAUAUGAUUUGGAAAUGGCUUGUUGACGACAAAAAAUAA